AGAGGGCGUGGGCGGGGAGAGGUGCUGACUAGCAGGCAGUUCGCCCAAUGAAGGGCGGAAGCCCCUGGAGGGGGCCAGGCGAGUUGGCUAGAGGCGGGCGACUGUGGCAGCCGGGUGUGUGCCAUGGCGGAGCCGGUGAGGAAACGGGGCCGGCGGCCCAGAGGCGGCGGUGUCGACCGAGGGGCUCGGGGAUCCCGGGGCGGCCGUGGCCGGCGUCCUGGCGCUCAAAGAUCGCCAGCCCGGCGCACCCUGGACUCGGUGCUUGUGGACUUGGUCAGCGACAGCGAUGAGGAUGUCUUGGAGGUCGCAACGGCGCGCGGCGCUGCGGACCCGGCCGAGGUCCCGCUCCCGGAACCCCCCGUGCCGGCCGCGCCCCGGGACGACAGCGACAGUGACAGCGAAGGGGCGGACGCACGGCCGGCUGAAACCCCUCGGGUCUUGGUCAGGCGGCGGCGGCCGUUGCUGCUGGAUCCCGGGGAGGCACCGGCGGUUCCAGUGUACUCCGAGAAGGUGAAAAGCAGCCUCCACCUCAUCCCAGACCACAUGUCCCUCCUGAAAUUCUGCCCCCCAGAGACUGAGGAAGAGGCGGACAUGGCAGAUUCCAGCAGUCUCCACGCUGAGGAUUCCCCAUGUCCCAAUUCUCCCUGGAAGAAGAAGCUGAGGAGUAAGGAUGGAGAAGAGAAGAAAGAGAUGUUACUGGUUCAGGACACCUCACCUUUGCCUCCACCUCUGCCACGGACCAACAGCAGGAAGCAUACUCGGGCACUCCAGAAGUUAAGGGAGGUGAACAAGCGCCUCCAAGAUCUCCGUUCCUGCCUGAGUCCCAAGCAGCCCCAGGGCCAGGACCACCUGAGCCAAGAGGAUGAGGUGGUCCUACUGGAGGGGCCCACUCUCCCAGAGAACCCUCGGCUCUUGCCGCUCAAAAUCCGGUGCCGGGCUGACCUGGUCAGAUUGCCCAUCAGAAUGUCGGAGCCCCUCCAGAGCGUGGUGGACCACAUGGCCGCCCGUCUUGGGGUGUCCCCAAGCAGGAUCCUCUUGCUCUUCGGAGAGACAGAGCUGUCCCCUACCGCCACCCCCAGGACCCUAAAGCUUGGAGUGGCUGACAUCAUUGACUGUGUGGUGCUAGCAAGUUCUCCGGAUGUCGCAGAGAAGUCCCGCCUGCUCCAGCUGCGGGUGCAGGGGAAGGAGAAGCACCAGCUGCUGGAAGUCUCGCUGCCUCGAGAUUCUCCUCUCAAGACCCUCAUGUCCCGCUACGAGGAGGCCAUGGGACUCUCGGGCCGCAAGCUCUCCUUCUUCUUUGAUGGGACAAAGCUUUCAGGCAAGGAGCUGCCGGCUGAUCUGGGCAUGGAAUCCGGGGACCUCAUCGAAGUCUGGGGCUGAAACCCCACUCCCCGUUUAGAGGCCCAGCUUGGACUUGGGGAGAGCGGCUGCUCCCUUUCGGCCCCAUAAGGGCUAGCUGAAACUGAGGUAGAACUUAUCCUCAAGCUGAAGCAAAAGCAAGGAGUGAUCUCGGACCACCCCCGCCCCGCCCCAUCGACCCUGGUUUCAAGCCGUUAGCCACCUGAUUAGUUGUUUGGUGGUCCUUGCUGCCCUGAGUGGACUGUGGCUCCAUCCACAGGGUGUGCUGAGUUUUGCAGUCCCCUGGGACAUGGAGAAGGUAUCCCUUACCCUCACCCUUUCCCCUCCACCAUCACCCUUUCCUUUAUCGAAAUGUCUCUUAUGAAACUGCUCCUAUUGAAAGAGUGAGUUGAAAUCAACAUGAAAUCCCUGGUAUAGGAUUCCAGGCCUGGGAUUUAUGCCACGUCCAGGACCAGCAGUGGCCUCAGUGUCAUUGGGGGGUGGGGGUGAAGUUUGCUUGAGGCACAUACAGGGGUGUGGCUCCUCAGCCUGUAGGAGACUAGAUGGUCAAGCUCACACGUGCAUUAGCUUCAGCAGAGGCAGACGAUGGGUUAUUCUUUUGAAGAAUAUAGUAGAUUCUCAGGCUCGGGUGUCUUCCUCACCCCAGGACCCUUUCAAGCCACCUUCCUGCUGCACACACAUUAUUUAAGGCAUAAUUGAGCACCUUGAGCCUUUUGGUUUUGGAUCUCAGGAUUCCAGUCCACACAAAGCUUCUCUGGUUUUAUGACUUUUCCCCUUCACUCCAUCCUCUCCCGUAAGCGUCCAUUUCAAUGUGUUGAUUACACGACUUUGAAUAUGAACGUAUCCCUGAAAAAUGCCAUGUCGUAUGUGUGAAUAUACUUUUUCCACAUGU